UUUUACGCUACUUUCGUUUUAAAUGUGAGUUUCCUCUUGUGUUUCAGCUUUACAAACUUGGUCUUUUACCCUUUUUUCAUUUUAUGGCUUUCGCUUUCUGGGAUUUCUGAUAAGAAAGCAAAAUUAAUGUAUCUUUCCAUUUCUGGUUAAAGUUACUUCUGCUUUUGACCUUUACCAGUCUUUAUUUUUAUAUUGUUCGCUCUCAUUUAUCAAAAGUUUCUUUUUCAGAUGCUUAUAUUGUUCUUGAUGAAGUUUGAAUAUUACUCCAUUGACUGCUUAUUAUAUCUUCUUUUGACUCUGCGUUUGAAUCUAGUCUCUGGACCAUGUGUUUCAUUGCCGGUUUUUUGCUCAAUUUUUUUUAAAGAAUAUGUGCUUAAGGUGGUCUUUUAAUUAUCAUAUUUUUGUUUGGCUGCUAAGAAACAAGAGCGAAAUCCUUUGUUUCUAUAUUUUUCUCAGAAUAACUUUCAAUGCAUGGAUGGGGGAUCAUUUUGUCUUGCUGGUGGAUCGAUUGCUAACUGAAUCAACCAUUGAAGCUGCUAUAGAGAGCAACAACCGGUUGCAGCAAGCCGCAGCCUUGGCAAACAAAAAUAGAAUGGCUGAACUUUCUUCUCAGAGAGUGGAUAAAGAUAUUGGUUCAUCCCUGAGUAAACUAGUAGAGUGUAGGAUUUGCCAUGACGAGGAUCAAGUCUCAAACAUGGAAAUUCCUUGUUCUUGCUGUGGCAGCUUAAAGUAUGCUCACCGCAAGUGUGUUCAGAGAUGGUGCAACGAGAAGGGUGAUACAAUCUGCGAGAUUUGCCUUGAGCAAUAUAAACCUGGCUACACAGCACCUCCUCCUCUAUUCCGCGAUGGUGGUAACUUGAGGGCAAAUUGGGAGAUCUCUAGAAGGGACCUGCAUAACCCUCAAUUUAUAUCCAUGGUUACUGCUGAUCGUGAAUUUCUGUAUUCCAACUUUGAGGAAUAUUACACACCCAAUCCUAGAAGCCUUUUAUGCUGUCGUAUUGUUGCUAUAAUUUUCCUGAUUCUGCUGGUGUUACGGCAUACUCUUCCAAUUAUAAUUAGUGGAGCAGGAGAAUAUUCCUUGAUGUUACUAACUUUACUGAUGUUGAGAACCAUUGGGAUUCUGUUGCCUAUAUAUGUCAUGAUUAAGGCAUUCACUGCCAUCCAACGUCAUCGAAACCAACUGGAUACUCGAAUAUCACUUGGUGCAACAGAUGAAGAAAAUGAAUUGCCACAACCGCAGCAUACUCGGUCACGUCUUAUUCAUGUUUGAUAAUUGUGACAACCAGAUCACAUUGUAAGAACUGAGUAGCAGGUUAUAGUGUACAGAAAGUUGCAGCCACAGAUCAGCAUACAGUUGCUGCAAAUGGUGUCUUUGAUACAUUAUAAUUUAAAGGGCAAUUCCUGGAUCUUUAGAUGAAAAUGGUAAAAAAAUCAAUGAUUUACUGAGAUGUAUAGUUAAUGAAUUCUGAUAAGUUAUAUGUAUAUUUUUUGUAUUUAUCAAUGCAAGUAACUUUUGCAAAAUAGAAAAAAAAAUUGAAAAUA